UUCACCCAUUAUAAAUGAUGGCUCACCCUGGAAUAAGAGAAUACAAUAGCAAGGAGAUAGUGCUGGAGUAUAUCCAUUACAAGCUUUCCCAGAGAGGCUAUGACUGGAUUGCCGGCGAACAGCGAGCAAAUAUUCCACCUCCUCCUUCUCCUCUUGCUGGGACCUUCCCUGCCCUCAGCCCGCUGGCCUCUUUCCCUUCUGAGCCCCCCGGCUCAGCUGCUGCUAGCAACACCGGUCUGGUUGACGAGCUGCACUCGGUGCCACAGGUUGUCCACUUGACGUUACGCCAGGCCGGCGAUGAGUUUUCCCGGCGUUACCAGAGGGACUUUGCCCAGAUGUCUGGCCAGCUGCACUUGACCCCGGUCACUGCCCGGAGGCGCUUUGUAGGAGUUGUGGAGGAGCUGUUCCGAGACGAGGUGAACUGGGGGAGGAUCGUUGCCUUCUUUGAAUUUGGUGGCAUGAUGUGCGUGGAGAGUGUCAGCCGGGAGAUGUCUCCUCUGGUGGACAAUAUCGCCGCGUGGAUGACAGAGUACCUGAACAGACACCUGCACCGUUGGAUCCAGGACAACGGAGGUUGGGAUGCUUUUGUGGAGCUCUACAGCAACAACAUGAGGCCUUUGUUUGAUUUCUCGUGGCUGCCUCUGAAGACGAUCCUGAGUCUGGCCGUCCUUGGUGCGUGUAUCACCCUUGGUGCUUAUUUGGGGCACAAGUGACUACAACCGACUGGUGGCAAACUGCGGAAAAAGCUAUCUGUCCCCUUUGAACUGAAACAAAAGGGGAGGGGAAAGUAAAAUAAUAUGAGGUAUUUUUUUUCCUUGUAGCAUAAUGCUAUUAUUUUAUGAGCCAAACAGCUUUCUGAGUAUUAAAUCAGCUAUUACUGCCAAAGGGAAUAUUCAUUUAUUUUUACAUGUCAGCAGAAGAAUUAUUUAUUAAAGAUAUUUUACAUUUAACCCGCUAUUUUUCCUGAAGCUCUGUACGCUGUACACAAUGACAUCAUCACCACACGGUUGCAGUGAAGUUCAAAGAGACCCAAAGAUGUUCUAGCAAAGUGUAACUGGAAAGACUGUUUUGUGCUAGCAGAAGGAAAAACGGACACAGAGACAUAACCAUGUUCCCCUUAGGAAAGGCAAUUAAUGGGUUGCUAUGCAUGUGGAAGAAUAAUGCCGUUGAUCAUUCAAUAUGGUACCUAUCUAGAAUGAGACGUAAACACAAGAUUAAGGCCAGUGGCCCAUGAAGCUCUACAGUUUAUCCCCAAAAAACAGACACAUGGUCUUUGGAAGUCUUCCUUCACAGGACAACACCCAGGAACAUUGUUGUGUACUACUUGUGAAGCAUCGUGUUCCAUAACAACUUGUGCCAUUAGAAACCUCAACAGCCUAUCACUGGAAGGGGACCAUUAUUUCCCCCCAUGCGCAGUGAUUGUAAGAUCCUGAACAUGAAAGGUUUCGGAAUUUCAGUGUACUCAUGAUCGGUAACUUACAACCAUCAGGAAACCGUAACCAUAAGUGCCUGCGUCUCCUCAGCAGAAUUGGCAUCUUCUGGAAAUCUUGGUUCACAUCACCUCUGGAGUAGGAGUUUGUUCCCAACUGAUCCUGUUUUACUUACUGAAUUAUUUGGGAGGGGAUCUUGGAAAAUCGCUUUGGUUGCUCAGUGAUGUCACAAAAGUCAAAACAUGCAGAGGACGCAAGUUUCCUUCAUCAGAAUGGACAUCAAAAGUACGGUCCUCCCCCCCCCCCCCAUACAGAGCUUUAUUUCCUCUUGGGCUUCCCCAUAAAGUAUUACAUUCUGUUAAUUUUGUAAGACCGACUUUGAAAGCAAAGAAGCUAAAGAACCACCCAACACCUCCUUCUGGACAGACUCAAAGACAUCAAUUUCUUCACAUGUUUGUUGUCACUGGUAUGGAAACCUAAGAAGGGUGGUGGGGGGUGUUCAUAUUUAAAAUUGCUUUAAAUAAAACAAAUGCAGAGUAAUUAACUGACACUUUUAUACAGAC